GAGGGGGAUGCAGUUGGUGUUCAAGGCAACCCUCAUAGAAAUGGAUAAACAAGUUCUAUUGGACUUUAGGCUCUCCAGGGGAGAUGGUAUAGAGUUCAAGAGAAGGUUUACCAACAUCAAGUCCAGCAUGGAGAUGAUCAUUGUUAAAGGUCCAAUCAUGUGGUCUCUGGCAAUUCAUUCUGAUGCCCUUCCAGGGGUCUGAUUUGACCUGCUAGGGUUCUAAUGUGACCUCUCGGUGUCUAAGUGACCUCUCAGGGCCUAAUAUAACCACUCAGAAUUUAAUUUGACCUCUCGGAGUCUAAUGUGACCUUAAAGUGAUCUUCUACACAGGUCUAAUGUGACCUUUGGGUCGUUUUAUGUGUCCUCUAGUGGUCCCAAGUGACCUUCAGUGGUCUUAUAUGACUUCUAGGAGUGUAAAACUACCUUGUUGGGUUAUUUUUGCUGAUUUUAUUAUUAAUUUGGUUACAGUUAUUCCUAAGAAGAUAUCAUUUUUAAAUGUUGUUUUAUCGAGGUUGUGAUUCAGAAAACCAUACGCUUAAUAUAAUGAGUACAAAAUUGAAAUAUUUGAUUUGAUAAACAUUUUUGAAUCUCGAGUUUUUUUAAAUGAUAAAAAAAUGCUCAA